AUGCAUAUCAUAUCAUAUGCUUGUAUAUUGCCAUUACCAGUGUUGUUCAAAUUCACUGAGGCGGAUAGAUUAACGCCUACCAACGGAUUGGUAUUGAAUGAUUGUGCUGACAUUGAUGCGGAUGAUAAUAAAGAUGGCAUAGAUAAUGAAGACAAUAUUGACGGUGACGGUAGCGAUGCGGAUAACGGUGAUGUUCCAGGCGGUGGAACUCGUGAUGGUAAGAAGGAGGAUAGUUGA